AUGGUCCUACUCUGUGGUUCACCAUCGGUCUCCUUCCCUUCAUCUUCAUUUACUUCUCACAGAAACGCAACCGCUAAAUCUUCCUUUGUGGGUUCCCAGUUGCCUCUUCCAACCCUUUCAUUAUCAUCAUCUUCUUAUUCUUCUUCUUCACUUCGUGGUACAAAUUUCUCUCCAUCUUUCGUUGUUCGUUCUCAACAAGAUACUUCCGUGGUAGAACAAGAUCCACGAUUCAUCUGUGUUGAACCUGAGCCCCGAUUUCAAGGCCCGGACAUUUGGAACGAGACGUGGUAUCCAAAAGCUUCGGAUCAUGUCAACACUGCAAAAACAUGGUAUAUUGUUGAUGCUGAAGAUAAAAUUCUUGGAAGACUAGCAUCCACAAUUGCCAAUCAUAUCAGAGGCAAAAAUCUAGUGACUUAUACACCUAGUGUGGACAUGGGUGCAUUUGUAAUUGUGAUAAAUGCCGAAAAGGUUGCUGUGAGCGGGAAGAAGAGGACACAAAAGCUUUAUCGGAGGCACUCAGGUCGACCUGGUGGUAUGACAGUCGAGACAUUUGAUCAGCUGCAGAACAGAAUUCCUGAAAGAAUUAUUGAACAUGCUGUUCGUGGCAUGCUUCCAAAAGGGAGGCUUGGCAGGACACUAUUCACACGCCUGAAAGUUUAUAGCGGCCCAAAUCAUCCACAUGAGGCGCAGCAGCCGGUUGAUUUGCCACUUAGGGAUAAGAGAAUACAGUUGCAGAGAUAA